AUGUCGCGCAAGCUUCAACGUACACCGUCCUGCACGGACAUAGGGUUCACCCUGAGACGGCAAUUCAAGAAAGAAGAAUUCAGGCCACAUCAACGGGAGAUAAUUGAGGCUGCCCUAGAAGGUUAUGAUGUCUAUGUGCAAGCUGCGACUUCUUUUGGGAAAAGCCUGUGCUUCCAGUUACCUGCGGUCGUCGAAUCCGGCAUCACAAUCGUCGUUUCUCCACUGCUGAGUCUCAUGAUCAAUCAAGUGGAAGCGUUGCAAGCGUCAGGCAUCGAAGCGUACUCGCUCAACAGCAGCACGCCACCUUCAAUACGACAAAAUAUCUACCGCGAUCUUGCAACUGGUCAUCCGCACACCCGCCUGUUGUAUGUAACGCCAGAGCUUUGUUCCGGCUCCAACUUCCGCGAACGACUGCAGGUUGUAUAUCGACAAAAGGAGUUGGCGCGUAUCGCCAUUGACGAGGCGCAUUGUAUCUCGGAAUGGGGUCACGACUUCAGGAAAGAUUUCAAACGCCUGUCUUGGUUCCGCGAGACAUUCCCCGAUGUUCCAAUCAUGUGCUUGACGGCAACAGCGAAUGCGAACGUUCGCAAUGACAUUAUGAGCAUUCUGGGGAUAGUCCCUGACUCGAAACACACAAAGAUGUUUCUAAUGAGUCCUCAGAGGAGCAACUUGCACCUGGAAAUCCGGUAUACCAAAGAUGAAGACGAUGACCGUCUUUCAGACUUUCUCUUCUGGAUCCGCGGAGUAUACAACCGGCGUUGCGAACCCGCUCGCAAGGCAGAGCUCGAUCGGACUGGGGAACGCGUGGAGAAUAUACCGGGCAUCAUUUACACCACAUCCCGUGAUGAAUGUGAGUCCCUCUCGGCAUCUCUUCGUGAUGCAGGAAUCGGCGCUCGCCCGUUCCAUGCCAAGCUCGACAAAGACACGAAAGAGGAGACGCUGGCCAGGUGGAUCAACAACGAAGAUGGCUACGACAUUAUCGUUGCCACCACAGCAUUUGGAAUGGGCAUCGACAAGGACAAUGUGCGUUUUGUGGUUCACUGGCGACUACCGAAGUCGUUCGAAGGGUAUUAUCAGGAGGCUGGCCGAGCCGGCCGUGAUGGCAAUGCGAGUUAUUGCUUCCUCUACUACAGCCGCGAGGAUUUGGAGCGUGUGGACCGCAUGGUUAGUAGCGAUGCAAAGAACCCCAAUGCUCGCCGGCAAAGUCUCAAUGCGUUAGCGAGAUACUGCGAAAACAUCUCCGAAUGCCGGCAUGCCGUCGUUUGUGCAUACUUUGGGGAGACCACCAAGCCGGAGUGCGAUUUCGCUUGCGACUGGCACAAGGAUCCCGCGGAUGUUCAGUCACGAUAUAUGCGAGGACUCGCAGACGCUGAAUUCGUGAGCACCCAGGCAAUGCAAGGAACGUACGACGUCUCAUACGAAAUGUCAAUGGACCCAUACUGCGAUGAUUAA